AUGUCUGAAUUUUUUUUGUAUAAUCUAGAUGAGUGUGAAACACAUAAGGGAAUCUGUGGUGAUUAUUCUAUCUGCAGCAAUGCAAUUGGAAGUUACUACUGUACGUGUCAAGAAGGAUUCAGGCAUGUCUUUAAGAAAAACUUUGCUGGCAGUGCAAGUUCUUCUGACUGCAAUGGUCAGACAUGUGUCUGCUGUCCUGAGUCUCGAAAUCCAAAUGUCACACAAUGUUCUUCAGGAAACUUUGUUUUAUCUAACAAAACUCAGAACAUCAUUAACACUCUAAGAGACAGUUUGAGAUUCAAUGAUUCAAAUACUACACUGCAGAAUGAAGGCCAGCAAAAUGAAAUAACAAGAUUCCUUAGGGAGGUUGAAGAAGACAUUGUACAUGAUGUGCUUUCAUCGCUGAACAGAAGUGGAGCAACAGAAGAAAUAAUAUACCAUUAUACAAAUGAAACAGUUAUUGUUGCCCACUCUGUGCCACAUAAUAGCAGCAAUGUUGAAGAAAGGCUGGCACUAAAAGCAGGAAAUACUACAAUGUCUAUUAAGAGGAAAACGGUCAUUGAUGGGACCGAACCAGGUGCAGUCCCCUUUGCUAUGCUGACAUCAUUCCAUGGGCCCGAAAUUGAAUCAGUACUCUCUAGUGGUUAUCCAAUUAACAAAGCACAUUCAGAUUACAACUAUACUGUGAAUUCAGAUGUAGUUAUUGCCACAAUUUCUAGCAAGUGGAAGUAUAACCUCACAGAUCCAGUCAUUUUGACAUUUCGAGUUACCAAGUCACUUGCAGUCUUCAGCUGUUAUUCUUCUACUUGUGAUCCAGUUGUUGUAAUAGAUGAACAGACCAUCCCAGACCUUGCAAAACAGACAAUCAAGCCAAGCAAGAAUACCAGAGUGAGCCCUACGGUCUAUCAUCAAGUCACUGCUGGGGUACUGGAAAGGCUUCCUUAA